UCUUGUAUGGGAUGCGGUGUGUUUUGUAGUGCGUGUUUCUGAUAUCCGCAAAAUCCAAUAGUCAUUACUUGGUUUAUUUGGUUGAAGUCAAGUGUCCGCAUGAUAACCUUGGUUAUGUGUGCUGUUCUAUGAUCAAAUUCUCUCUCCUGUUGUACAGUCCUGGUUCGCAUAAAGAAGCAUUACAUUGUGUAUGAAGAGUAAAAUCUGUACAGUACAUUCUGAUCAAUAGUCGUGGGAAUAAUGUGCUAACAGCUCUCGGAUAAUUCCAACAGUAAAUUGACGUCUGCUUGUUAGUAAAAUGGCGGGAUUAGAAACUCAAAGUGCAGGAUUAAGAGUUGUUCAAAAUGGUCGUCCAACGUCCCUAUUACCUAAUGAAGAUAAUAAAGACGCUCCUUAUGAUGAUGCAAUAAUACACAAGACGAUAUUGGUAGGAGAUAGUGGAGUUGGUAAAACCAGUUUAUUGGUGCAGUUUGAUCAGGGCAAGUUCCAAGCUGGUGCAUUCUCAGCAACAGUUGGAAUCGGAUUUACGAACAAAGUAGUAGAAGUUGAUGGUGCUAAAGUUAAAUUACAGAUCUGGGAUACGGCGGGACAAGAACGAUUCCGCAGCAUAACACGAGCAUAUUAUCGUGAUGCAAAUGCCUUGCUAUUAUUAUAUGAUGUUACUAAUAAAAACAGCUUUGAUAAUAUCAGAGCUUGGUUAGCUGAAAUAAAUGAAUAUGCUCAAGAAGAUGUUGUGAUAAUGUUAUUAGGUAAUAAAUGUGAUGUAGCAGGUGAAAGACAAUUACGUCGAGAAGAUGGUGAAAGGUUAGCAAAGGAAUAUGGUGUAGCAUUUAUGGAAACCAGUGCCAAGACUGGAAUGAAUGUAGAGUUAGCUUUUAUGGCUGUUGCUAGGGAUUUAAAGAUGAAAAAGACAAGAAAGCCAAAUGAACCCCAGUUUAAUGUAGCUGAUUAUGUUGAUCAGGAAAAAAGUACAAGUCAGUGUUGUAGCAGCUAACAUUAUAUUAAAUCUCAGGACCAUAUUCAUGCUACCAUUACAUAGUUCUAUAAUAUACAAGAUGUGAUGAAGUAUUCUGAUUAACUAUAUGGAAUAAUGAUCUUCUCUUAUAUCUGCCACUAGAAAACAUAUUUGAAAAAACAAAAACAUUAUAUUUGCCAUGUGUUUUAUCCUGCCGUUGGCUUUAUCUCGACUUUAUCUCGCUUGGCAGAUUAAUAUUUGAUUAUCCCCUUGACACACUAUUUUCAUUUAUUCUGAAUCAACAUUCAAAUUUGUAUGAGAUUUGCAAGAAAGGGAUGUUUAUGUUCAUCAUAAAUUUAAUUUUAUUUAGUAAAUAAACCAUAGAAUUUUUUUUUACAUUAUCAAUAAAACAAAUUGUGUUUCUAAUGUACCAUAAAAUAAUUUGAAGAUAAUUGUUAAUGUUACUGCCACUUGAAGAAAUUGAUAUUUCUUUGUUUAUUUUAUAUUAUUCCCAAACGCCAAUAACUUGGUGCAAUAUUUAUCUAUUUAUUUAUAAUGUCUCAAAUAUAAGUCUUUGGUGCAUUUUUAUGUUCAAUCAUUAUUCAGUAUACUUUCAUCGUCAUUGCUUAAAAAAAGUAUGUGAAUAAAAAGCAUUCUUCAUUAUAUUUUUCUGUACCAUAAAUCUUUAAUUGUAUUGAAAUUAUUUUUGAAUUUCAAUUUUUAUUGAAAAAUAGGUUAUAACAUAAUUUGCAAUGUUAUUUUUGUACAUAAUUAUGAUAAAAUGUAACAAAAUGACUAUGUCUAAUAAAGAUUAUUUAUGUCAACAUAUAUUAUAUGGCAUUAUCAGAAUAGUCAUGUAUUAGAUUUUGAAAAAUAGAAUGAUAUAUAUAUAUAUAUAUAAUAGAAUGAAAUGUAUAACUGGAUAGCCACAGUAUAUAUAUAUUGUUGUGACUGCAGUAUCUAAAGCAUUAACAAACACCAUGCCCAAAAUUAUUAUUGACAGAUAGGUGCCAUGGGGAGACAUAUUAAUCUUUAUUUUAUCUGAGAUUAAAUAACUUGUUUUCUUAAUUUUUGACAACAUGAAUAAUUAUAUAUUAUAUUCAUUCCUAAUAUAAAUUAGCUGUUUAUUUAUUAGAGGGUUUGAAUUUAUUGUUAUAGAUUAGAGAUAUAUAUGACUUAUGUCUCUGUAUAGAUGUAUUAUCUAUGUUAUUGUACAUAUUUCUAGAUGUAUAUAAUAUUAAUAUAUUAAAUCUAGGGUAUAAAUUUAGCUUCCUAUUAGCUGUAUAUUAUUAAUAUUUACUUGGCAUUAGUAAUGUUCAUGUAAAUAUUAGUAUCUGCAGACAUAAAUCUGUAUUUAAAAAUUAGAAAAUAGUAUCAAUUGUCAAAAUAUACAACAGAGGUAUUAGGUUUAAAAUGUUUAUACAUGUUUUCAUUUCAAAACAAUAUCUGUAUCAUUUGACUUGCUUAAUGACUUUCAUUAAAACAAAAAUCAAGGAUUUAUUUCAAAAUAAAAACGGCACUAAAACAAAGAAAAUUACACCAUGAGCAAGAGAGGUACUGUGUUUCAGAGAAUUUGGGGUAUCAAGGUACACAAUUUUAAAUGGUGAAUUAACAUUUAAUAAAUGUAAUAAUAUCGCGCUUUGCAGUAAACUGUAGGUUACCAAUCAUUUUUAUUAGGUUAACAGUUAAAAGUUUGUAUCUCAAGUUAAUUUUGAAUAGAUCAUACUGAUUUAUAAAAGUUAUGUAUUACUGUUUUGUUUGGUUGUUAUUGCUAUUCUAUAAUACAUCAUUCUUUAUGUUUAAAAAUAUUAUACCUUAUGAUAAGUUGAAUAUUAUGUAGGCCUACUCUAUUUUCACAAGUCUCUUUCAUACAAUUCAGCUAAAUAUACAUUUUCUUUUGUUGUUAUAGAAAUUAAUAUAUCAAAAAAUAAAAAAAGCAAUAUGUUCAAAAAUGCAGUUG